GGCGGAGAGAUGCAACAUAUGUGAUGAAAGCACCAACCGACUGACGGAGGAACAAGAAUAUCUUAGGAUCUUGAAAUCCCCAAAUUUUACGUGACCUAUUCACGGUGCUGUUCACCAAUACUGCCAUCGAUUGAUUGUGGAUAAUAGUUAAAAGGAAUCUGUAAAGUUGUGUUUUGCAAAACAACAUGCAAAGCAACAAGGCCAUCUGCCUCUUAGUACCAGGAGGCUGUGGUGAGGUUUAAUCCAGAUUACGACCAGCCAUAAAAAAAGAGAGAAAAGAACUGGUGUCUGUUCAUAGCCAUCAGUGUGUCCUUCAAUAAGCAUCCAGGCAGUAGGACAGGUUAGCUAGCUAUAUAGGAUCCCACUGGAUUUAACCAACAGAUAUCAAUCCCACACAAGGGAAGCAACUUGUGUUAUAAAGAAUAAUAUCUAUAUCUUUAAGUCUAGAAGAUCGCAGUAGGGCAGCAAAAUGUUUCUAAUCAAGACUAUGAUGCCUAACCCGUUGGCUGGUUUGAAUCCUAUGGGUGGAGGAGAGGCGGAAGCGGAGGCGGCCCCUGCCGACCCAGCCAAAGCCGCAGGGAUGACACGCGAGGAGUAUGAGGAGUAUCAGAAACAGUUGGUGGAGGAGAAGAUGGAGAGAGAUGCCGACUUCUUACACAAGAAGGCUGAGAGAGCAACUUUGCGGGUAUGUCUAAGAGACAAGUACAGGCUCCCAAAGAGUGAGCAGGAUGAAAACAUGCUUGCCAUGGCUGGAGAUGAUGUAGACGUACCUGAGGAGUUGCUCAAGAUGGUGGACGAGGACGCUACUGAGGAAGAAGACAAAGACUCCAUCUUGGGUGGCAUUCAGAAUCUCCAGAACAUGGACAUGGACCAGCUAAAGGAAAAGGCCUCAGCCACAGUGACAGAGAUUAAAGCUAAGGCAGAGGAGAAAUGCUCCAUCAUGUAAAUAAAUAAAAUUGAUGAUUUCAGUUAAUUGAUAAAGGAUGAGUCCUACAUUCCUUUUGAGUCAAUAUUCUUUUUGUCAUUUACCAGAGUCCUGUUCAUGUAUUGAGGUAAAGUGUGGUGAAAAGAUGGCUUAAGUGGAAGGUUCCACCAUGCAGAAGAACUAGAUUUAAAAUUGGUAUUUGAGAUCUUUCAGUCUGCUUUUAGUGUCUUGAUUAAGACUGUUCUGGGAGAACUUUUAGAUAGGUUCUAUUGGUUCCAUUGCACCAGGCAUUGCUCAGUCAAGCACAGCUGAAAGAAAACAAAUACAAUAUGAAACCACCUUCUCUCCACCCCCUAUCCAUGAUUAUAGCUGUGAAAGUUCCUUGAAGACAUACUGUAUGUCCAAUGGCAAAGGGUUUUGUUGGAAACUUCCUAAACAACCUCUUGUGCAAAUGGUCUGUUUUGAUGUGCCCCUCUUAAUUAGCAGUAUAGCAGUACAAAACAUAUGUGUGUGAAUAAAUGAAGUUUUAGACUGUUUCUUCCCCAUCUGUCCUUUUGUGUUUUUCUCUGUAUUUCAUCCUGAUUCAUUAAAUAAUUAACAAAUUAUUUUCUGAAGAAAUAAUAGUCAACUUGGGCAAUUUUCCUACAUAAAUGCAACUGGCAGUAAAGUGGACAAUUGAAAAAUGCUUUCUGUUGCGUAUACCCCUAGCCACACAUACAGUUCAACAACUUUGACAAUUAUCUCACUGUUAAUUUAAAACCACAUGCAUACACCAAGGAAGAGAUAAAUACUUGCGGUUUUGCACAAAUCAUCAUAUAAAUAAAAGAUGUAGGUUUUAUUCACUGUAAAUUAACAUAGACACUUACACUUUAGUAAUGUUUAGGAUUCUAGAUUAAAUUAUAUAAACAUAUAUUAACUGUUUGUCUAUUGUGCAAGUAGAAUGAUACAUGUUUAUGGAGAACUCAUUGACUAAUAAAAUGACUGUCUUGUAUAAA